GAGAGACACAAGCAGCCAGGUGAAAUUGGAGGAUUAGGGUCUGCCAGUGUGGACAUCUGGUGUUAACUUGUGAUAUGUCGUGGUGGUGUUUGUGGUGCUUCUGCCCUCCAUGUCUGUCUGAAGAUGACAAAGCAUCACUGGCCAUUGACAGAGAGAUUAAUAGGAUGCUUAAAUUCCACAAGAGCAGGGAUCGGAGGGAGUUAAAAAUCCUGCUUCUGGGAACUGGAGAGAGUGGAAAGAGCACAUUUAUAAAGCAGAUGCGAAUAAUCCAUGGAACUGGGUUCUCAGUAGAAGAUCGCAAAAUGUAUGCAAUACUUGUGCAUCAGAACAUUGUUACCUGUGCCAAGUCUUUGGUGGGAGCUAUGGAAACUCUACAAGUGCCUUAUAGCUUGAAAGAAAACAAGGUGAAUAGGGGACUGAUCAAAAGUUUGGAUGUAUAUAAUGUACAGCAGAUAGAAAGACAUCAUGCUACCGCAAUUAGGAAAUUAUGGAGUGAUCCUGGUGUUCGCAAGUGUUAUGAGAAAAGAAGAGAAUUCCAGCUACUUGACUCUGCUUACUACUACUUGUCCAAUCUGGAACGUAUUACAGAAGAUGGAUACCUACCAACUAAUGAGGACAUUGUAAGGAUCAGGAUGCCUACCACAGGAAUCAAUGAGUACUGUUUCACUGUGGACAAUGCUAAUCUUAGGAUAGUGGAUGUAGGGGGGCAGAAAUCUGAGCGCAAGAAGUGGAUCCACUGCUUUGAAAAUGUGAAUGCUCUCAUUUACCUGGCAUCUCUCAGUGAAUAUGACCAACAGCUCGAAGAGAAGAAAGAUGAGAAUCGAAUGAGAGAGAGCAUGGCACUCUUCAAGCAAAUAAUGGUGCUUCCUUGGUUUAUAGAUACUCCUAUUAUUGUUUUCCUCAACAAGACUGACUUGCUGGCUGAGAAGGUCUACAUGUCUGAUUUGGCUGCAUACUUCCCCAAUUUCAAAGGUCCUCGUCGGGAUGCUCAAGCUGCUACACAGUUUAUCAAGGAUUCCUACAAAGAUAUCUUUAAUAAAACAAAACCACAGGAUCUUUCGGGAAAGGCUAAGAAAGAUGCACAGCGUAUCAUUUUUCUUCACGCCACCUGCGCUACGGAUACUGAAAACAUCCAAAGAGUGUUCCAAAACACAAAGGAAGCAGUACUCCAAAAGUACCUUACAGAGUUUGGAAUUGUAUGACUGUUACUCCCAAAAAUCCUAAUUUACUUCUUUAUUAUCUAAUGCCACAUGAGCAGACAUAGAGGAACUUUAUCCGGGGCAUUGUUGCUGCUCCUUUCAAGUAUUUAACUGUUUGAA